AUGAGGAUGGAACUAUUGGGAUGUCCGUCAGGUACUGACAAUCUUGUUCGUUUUCUUCUUAAUUAACAAACAACUUCCCACUUACUUUUACCACAGCGGUACACAAUUUACUCGCAUAGUCUUUCAACUGCAGGUCACUCCUCUUAUUAUUAGAAAGUCAAAGGCCCAAACAAUUUCUUUUACAAUUAUGUAAUCAAUUUUAUGGAAUGACGCGUCAUGCCUUUAAACUAAGGAUCAUGCAUAGGAAAUACGUGGCCUGUCAAAAUCAAAAAGAUCUAUUUUUAAACAAAUGCAAUUUUACAUACAACGCUUUAGCGACAAUGAGACUUUAAAACAACUUUGUUGCAUGUGGAACUUUUACAACAAUUUUUUCCUACAUUGUGCUGUGAAUGAUACACCACAGAAAAGUGAAAGUAGGCAUUCAAAUUGCAAUUCCUUAACGCAAUAAUCGUGCAAGAACAGUUGAACAUCAACUAGCACUAUAGUUGUCUAAGCAAAUGUAUUCUCUUUGUAUAGGAUGUUCCGACCCUCUCGGGAUGGAGAGCAGAAAAAUAACCGAUCGCCAGAUCACAGCUUCAACCGAAUAUAACGCUGUACACGGCGCCACCAAUGGCAGACUCAAUUUCAAGGCUGGAGGAGGUAAGACUGGCGCAUGGUCCGCCCGCACCAAUGACGUUAAUCAGUGGCUACAAGUGGAUCUUGGAGCUAAAACCGAGGUGACAGGAAUACAGAUCCAGGGACGACAAGACGCGGAUCAAUGGGUUACGAGCUUUACUAUCUCCUACAGCAGCGACGGAACCACCUAUACAUUUUAUCAGAACAGCAAGGUAUGGAAAAAAAUGAAAAUCGUUGCAAAACAAACUCAAGCAAUUAACUAAUUCAAUUUCGACUCAGUAAAAUGAAAUUCUCUCAAAACCUUAAGGUUACAUUAAAAACUAAGCAACACUGUUUGUUACUCUCCACAAGUAACUAACUAGUUUAACCUUAACACUUCUCGAUCAUUUACCUGCUCCAGGUCUUUAAUGGAAACACGGACCGCAACACCGUGGUUUUGAACGUUUUGCACCCUUCCAUAAAUGCACGCUACAUUCGGGUGCAUCCUAAGACGUGGCGUGGCCAUAUUUCUAUGAGGAUGGAACUAUUGGGAUGUCCGUCAGGUACUGACAAUCUUGUUCGUUUUCUUCUUACUUAACAAACAACUUCCCUCUUACGUUUACCACAGCGGUACACAAUUUACUCGCAUAGUCUUUCAACUGCAGGUCACUCCUCUUAUUAUUAGAAAGUCACAGGCCCAAACAAUUUCUUUUACAAUUAUGUAAUCAAUUUUAUGGAAUGACGCGUCGUGCCUUUAAACUAAGGAUCAUGCAUAGCAAAUACGUGGGCUGCCCAAAUCAAAAAGGAUCUAUUUUUAAACAAAUGCAAUUUUACAAACAACGCUUUAGCGACAAUGAGACUUUAAAACAACUUUGUUGCAUGUGGAACUUUUACAACAAUUUUUCCUACAUUGUGCUGUGAAUGAUACACCACAGAAAAGUGCAAGUAGGAAUCCAAAUUGCAAGUCCUUAACGCAAUAAUCGUGCAAAAACAAUUGAACAUCAACUAGCACUAUAGUUGUCUAAGCAAAUGUAUUCUCUUUGUAUAGGAUGUUCCGACCCUCUUGGGAUGGAGAGCAGAAAAAUAACCGAUCGCCAGAUCACAGCUUCAACCGAAUAUAACGCUGUACACGGCGCCACCAAUGGCAGACUCAAUUUCAAGGCUGGAGGAGGUAAGACUGGCGCAUGGUCCGCCCGCACCAAUGACGUUAAUCAGUGGCUACAAGUGGAUCUUGGAGCUAAAACCGAGGUGACAGGAAUACAGAUCCAGGGACGACAAGACGCAGAUCAAUGGGUUACGAGCUUUACUAUCUCCUACAGCAGCGACGGAACCACCUAUACAUUUUAUCAGAACAGCAAGGUAUGGAAAAAAAUGAAAAUCGUUGCAAAACAAACUCAAGCAAUUAACUAAUUCAAUUUCGACUCAGUAAAAUGAAAUUCUCUCAAAACCUUAAGGUUACAUUAAAAACUAAGCAACACUGUUUGUUACUCUCCACAAGUAACUAACUAGUUUAACCUUAACACUUCUCGAUCAUUUACCUGCUCCAGGUCUUUAAUGGAAACACGGACCGCAACACCGUGGUUUUGAACGUUUUGCACCCUUCCAUAAAUGCACGCUACAUUCGGGUGCAUCCUAAGACGUGGCGUGGCCAUAUUUCUAUGAGGAUGGAACUAUUGGGAUGUCCGUCAGGUACUGACAAUCUUGUUCGUUUUCUUCUUACUUAACAAACAACUUCCCUCUUACGUUUACCACAGCGGUACACAAUUUACUCGCAUAGUCUUUCAACUGCAGGUCACUCCUCUUAUUAUUAGAAAGUCACAGGCUCAAACAAUUUCUUUUGCCAUUAUGUAAUCAAUUUUAUGGAAUGACGCGUCGUGCCUAUAAACUAAGGAACAUGCAUAGCAAAUACGUGGGCUGCCAAAAUCAAAAAGGAUCUAUUUUUAACCAAAUGCAAUUUUACAAACAACGCUUUAGCGACAAUGACACUUUAAAACAACUUUGUUGCAUGUGGAACUUUUACAACAAUUUUUCCUACAUUGUGCUGUGAAUGAUACACCACAGAAAAGUGAAAGUAGGCAUUCAAAUUGCAAUUCCUUAACGCAAUAAUCGUGCAAGAACAGUUGAACAUCAACUAGCACUAUAGUUGUCUAAGCAAAUGUAUCCUCUUUGUAUAGCAUGUUCCGACCCUCUCGGGAUGGAGAGCAGAAAAAUAACCGAUGGCCAGAUCACAGCUUCAACCGAAUAUAACGCUGUACACGGCGCCACCAAUGGCAGACUCAAUUUCAAGGCCGGAGGAGGUAAGACUGGCGCAUGGUCCGCCCGCACCAAUGACGUUAAUCAGUGGCUACAAGUGGAUCUUGGAGCUAAAACCGAGGUGACAGGAAUACAGAUCCAGGGACGACAAGACGCGGAUCAAUGGGUUACGAGCUUUACUAUCUCCUACAGCAGCGACGGAACCACCUAUACAUUUUAUCAGAACAGCAAGGUAUGGAAAAAAAUGAAAAUCGUUGCAAAACAAACUCAAGCAAUUAACUAAUUCAAUCUCGACUCGGUAACAUGAAAUUCUCUCAAAACCUCAGGCCCAAAUUAAAAACUUAGCAACACUGUUGUUACCCUCCACAAGUAACGAACUAGUUUAACCUUAACACUUCUCGAUCAUUUACCUGCUCCAGGUCUUUAAUGGAAACACGGACCGCAACACCGUGGUUUUGAACGUUUUGCACCCUUCCAUAAAUGCACGCUACAUUCGGGUGCAUCCUAAGACGUGGCGUGGCCAUAUUUCUAUGAGGAUGGAACUAUUGGGAUGUCCGUCAGGUACUGACAAUCUUGUUCGUUUUCUUCUUAAUUAACAAACAACUUCCCACUUACUUUUACCACAGCGGUACACAAUUUACUCGCAUAGUCUUUCAACUGCAGGUCACUCCUCUUAUUAUUAGAAAGUCACAGGCCCAAACAAUUUCUUUUACAAUUAUGUAAUCAAUUUUAUGGAAUGACGCGUCGUGCCUUUAAACUAAGGAUCAUGCAUAGGAAAUACGUGGCCUAUCAAAAUCAAAAAAGAUCUAUUUUUAAACAAAUGAAAUUUUACAUACAACGCUUUAGCGACAAUGAGACUUUAAAACAACUUUGUUGCAUGUGGAACUUUUACAACAAUUUUUCCUACAUUGUGCUGUGAAUGAUACACCACAGAAAAGUGAAAGUAGGCAUUCAAAUUGCAAUUCCUUAACGCAAUAAUCGUGCAAGAACAGUUGAACAUCAACUAGCACUAUAGUUGUCUAAGCAAAUGUAUUCUCUUUGUAUAGGAUGUUCCGACCCUCUCGGGAUGGAGAGCAGAAAAAUAACCGAUGGCCAGAUCACAGCUUCAACCGAAUAUAACGCUGUACACGGCGCCACCAAUGGCAGACUCAAUUUCAAGGCUGGAGGAGGUAAGACUGGCGCAUGGUCCGCCCGCACCAAUGACGUUAAUCAGUGGCUACAAGUGGAUCUUGGAGCUAAAACCGAGGUGACAGGAAUACAGAUCCAGGGACGACAAGACGCGGAUCAAUGGGUUACGAGCUUUACUAUCUCCUACAGCAGCGACGGAACCACCUAUACAUUUUAUCAGAACAGCAAGGUAUGGAAAAAAAUGAAAAUCGUUGCAAAACAAACUCAAGCAAUUAACUAAUUCAAUCUCGACUCGGUAACAUGAAAUUCUCUCAAAACCUCAGGCCCAAAUUAAAAACUUAGCAACACUGUUUGUUACCCUCCACAAGUAACUAACUAGUUUAACCUUAACACUUCUGGAUCAUUUACCUGCUCCAGGUCUUUAAUGGAAACACGGACCGCAACACCGUGGUUUUGAACGUUUUGCACCCUUCCAUAAAUGCACGCUACAUUCAGGUGCAUCCUAAGACGUGGCGUGGCCAUAUUUCUAUGAGGAUGGAACUAUUGGGAUGUCCGUCAGGUACUGACAAUCUUGUUCGUUUUCUUCUUAAUUAACAAACAACUUCCCACUUACUUUUACCACAGCGGUACACAAUUUACUCGCAUAGUCUUUCAACUGCAGGUCACUCCUCUUAUUAUUAGAAAGUCACAGGCCCAAACAAUUUCUUUUACAAUUAUGUAAUCAAUUUUAUGGAAUGACGCGUCGUGCCUUUAAACUAAGGAUCAUGGAUAGGAAAUACGUGGCCUGUCAAAAUCAAAAAAGAUCUAUUUUUAAACAAAUGCAAUUUUACAUACAACGCUUUAGCGAAAAUGAGACUUUAAAACAACUUUGUUGCAUGUGGAACUUUUACAACAAUUUUUCCUACAUUGUUCUGUGAAUGAUACACCACAGAAAAGUGAAAGUAGGUAUUCAAAUUGCAAUUCCUUAACGCAAUAAUCGUGCAAGAACAGUUGAACAUCAACUAGCACUAUAGUUGUCUAAGCAAAUGUGUUCUCUUUGUAUAGGAUGUUCCGACCCUCUCGGGAUGGAGAGCAGAAAAAUAACCGAUGGCCAGAUCACAGCUUCAACCGAAUAUAACGCUGUACACGGCGCCACCAAUGGCAGACUCAAUUUCAAGGCUGGAGGAGGUAAGACUGGCGCAUGGUCCGCCCGCACCAAUGACGUUAAUCAGUGGCUACAAGUGGAUCUUGGAGCUAAAACCGAGGUGACAGGAAUACAGAUCCAGGGACGACAAGACGCGGAUCAAUGGGUUACGAGCUUUACUAUCUCCUACAGCAGCGACGGAACCACCUAUACAUUUUAUCAGAACAGCAAGGUAUGGAAAAAAAUGAAAAUCGUUGCAAAACAAACUCAAGCAAUUAACUAAUUCAAUCUCGACUCGGUAAAAUGAAAUUCUCUCAAAACCUUAAGGUUACAUUAAAAACUAAGCAACACUGUUUGUUACUCUCCACAAGUAACUAACUAGUUUAACCUUAACACUUCUCGAUCAUUUACCUGCUCCAGGUCUUUAAUGGAAACACGGACCGCAACACCGUGGUUUUGAACGUUUUGCACCCUUCCAUAAAUGCACGCUACAUUCGGGUGCAUCCUAAGACGUGGCGUGGCCAUAUUUCUAUGAGGAUGGAACUAUUGGGAUGUCCGUCAGGUACUGACAAUCUUGUUCGUUUUCUUCUUAAUUAACAAACAACUUCCCACUUACUUUUACCACAGCGGUACACAAUUUACUCGCAUAGUCUUUCAACUGCAGGUCACUCCUCUUAUUAUUAGAAAGUCACAGGCCCAAACAAUUUCUUUUACAAUUAUGUAAUCAAUUUUAUGGAAUGACGCGUCGUGCCUUUAAACUAAGGAUCAUGCAUAGCAAAUACGUGGGCUGCCAAAAUCAAAAAAAGAUCUAUUUUUAAACAAAUGCAAUUUUACAAACAACACUUUAGCGACAAUGACACUUUAAAACAACUUUGUUGCAUGUGGAACUUUUACAACAAUUUUUCCUACAUUGUGCUGUGAAUGAUACACCACAGAAAAGUGCAAGUAGGCAUCCAAAUUGCAAGUCCUUAACGCAAUAAUCGUGCAAAAAUAAUUGAACAUCAACUAGCACUAUAGUUGUCUAAGCAAAUGUAUUCUCUUUGUAUAGCAUGUUCCGACCCUCUCGGGAUGGAGAGCAGAAAAAUAACCGAUGGCCAGAUCACAGCUUCAACCGAAUAUAACGCUGUACACGGCGCCACCAAUGGCAGACUCAAUUUCAAGGCUGGAGGAGGUAAGACUGGCGCAUGGUCCGCCCGCACCAAUGACGUUAAUCAGUGGCUACAAGUGGAUCUUGGAGCUAAAACCGAGGUGACAGGAAUACAGAUCCAGGGACGACAAGACGCAGAUCAAUGGGUUACGAGCUUUACUAUCUCCUACAGCAGCGACGGAACCACCUAUACAUUUUAUCAGAACAGCAAGGUAUGGAAAAAAAUGAAAAUCGUUGCAAAACAAACUCAAGCAAUUAACUAAUUCAAUUUCGACUCGGUAAAAUGAAAUUCUCUCAAAACCUUAAGGUUACAUUAAAAACUAAGCAACACUGUUUGUUACUCUCCACAAGUAACUAACUAGUUUAACCUUAACACUUCUCGAUCAUUUACCUGCUCCAGGUCUUUAAUGGAAACACGGACCGCAACACCGUGGUUUUGAACGUUUUGCACCCUUCCAUAAAUGCACGCUACAUUCGGGUGCAUCCUAAGACGUGGCGUGGCCAUAUUUCUAUGAGGAUGGAACUAUUGGGAUGUCCGUCAGGUACUGACAAUCUUGUUCGUUUUCUUCUUAAUUAACAAACAACUUCCCACUUACUUUUACCACAGCGGUACACAAUUUACUCGCAUAGUCUUUCAACUGCAGGUCACUCCUCUUAUUAUUAGAAAGUCACAGGCUCAAACAAUUUCUUUUACCAUUAUGUAAUCAAUUUUAUGGAAUGACGCGUCGUGCCUUUAAACUAAGGAACAUGCAUAGCAAAUAUGUGGGCUGCCAAAAUCAAAACGGAUCUAUUUUUUUUAACCAAAUGCAAUUUUACAAACAACGCUUUAGCGACAAUGAGACUUUAAAACAACUUUGUUGCAUGUGGAACUUUUACAACAAUUUUCCUACAUUGUGCUGUGAAUGAUACACCACAGGAAAGUGCAAGUAGGCAUCCAAAUUGCAAGUCCUUAACGCAAUAAUCGUGCAAAAACAGUUGAACAUCAACUAGCACUAUAGUUGUCUAAGCAAAUGUAUCCUCUUUGUAUAGCAUGUUCCGACCCUCUCGGGAUGGAGAGCAGAAAAAUAACCGAUGGCCAGAUCACAGCUUCAACCGAAUAUAACGCUGUACACGGCGCCACCAAUGGCAGACUCAAUUUCAAGGCCGGAGGAGGUAAGACUGGCGCAUGGUCCGCCCGCACCAAUGACGUUAAUCAGUGGCUACAAGUGGAUCUUGGAGCUAAAACCGAGGUGACAGGAAUACAGAUCCAGGGACGACAAGACGCGGAUCAAUGGGUUACGAGCUUUACUAUCUCCUACAGCAGCGACGGAACCACCUAUACAUUUUAUCAGAACAGCAAGGUAUGGAAAAAAAUGAAAAUCGUUGCAAAACAAACUCAAGCAAUUAACUAAUUCAAUCUCGACUCGGUAAAAUGAAAUUCUCUCAAAACCUUAAGGUUACAUUAAAAACUAAGCAACACUGUUUGUUACUCUCCACAAGUAACUAACUAGUUUAACCUUAACACUUCUCGAUCAUUUACCUGCUCCAGGUCUUUAAUGGAAACACGGACCGCAACACCGUGGUUUUGAACGUUUUGCACCCUUCCAUAAAUGCACGCUACAUUCGGGUGCAUCCUAAGACGUGGCGUGGCCAUAUUUCUAUGAGGAUGGAACUAUUGGGAUGUCCGUCAGGUACUGACAAUCUUGUUCGUUUUCUUCUUAAUUAACAAACAACUUCCCACUUACUUUUACCACAGCGGUACACAAUUUACUCGCAUAGUCUUUCAACUGCAGGUCACUCCUCUUAUUAUUAGAAAGUCACAGGCCCAAACAAUUUCUUUUACAAUUAUGUAAUCAAUUUUAUGGAAUGACGCGUCGUGCCUUUAAACUAAGGAUCAUGCAUAGGAAAUACGUGGCCUGUCAAAAUCAAAAAAGAUCUAUUUUUAAACAAAUGCAAUUUUACAUACAACGCUUUAGCGACAAUGAGACUUUAAAACAACUUUGUUGCAUGUGGAACUUUUACAACAAUUUUUCCUACAUUGUGCUGUGAAUGAUACACCACAGAAAAGUGAAAGUAGGCAUUCAAAUUGCAAUUCCUUAACGCAAUAAUCGUGCAAGAACAGUUGAAUAUCAACUAGCACUAUAGUUGUCUAAGCAAAUGUAUUCUCUUUGUAUAGGAUGUUCCGACCCUCUCGGGAUGGAGAGCAGAAAAAUAACCGAUCGCCAGAUCACAGCUUCAACGGAAUAUAACGCUGUACACGGCGCCACCAAUGGCAGACUCAAUUUCAAGGCUGGAGGAGGUAAGACUGGCGCAUGGUCCGCCCGCACCAAUGACGUUAAUCAGUGGCUACAAGUGGAUCUUGGAGCUAAAACCGAGGUGACAGGAAUACAGAUCCAGGGACGACAAGACGCGGAUCAAUGGGUUACGAGCUUUACUAUCUCCUACAGCAGCGACGGAACCACCUAUACAUUUUAUCAGAACAGCAAGGUAUGGAAAAAAAUGAAAAUCGUUGCAAAACAAACUCAAGCAAUUAACUAAUUCAAUCUCGACUCGGUAAAAUGAAAUUCUCUCAAAACCUUAAGGUUACAUUAAAAACUAAGCAACACUGUUUGUUACUCUCCACAAGUAACUAACUAGUUUAACCUUAACACUUCUCGAUCAUUUACCUGCUCCAGGUCUUUAAUGGAAACACGGACCGCAACACCGUGGUUUUGAACGUUUUGCACCCUUCCAUAAAUGCACGCUACAUUCAGGUGCAUCCUAAGACGUGGCGUGGCCAUAUUUCUAUGAGGAUGGAACUAUUGGGAUGUCCGUCAGGUACUGACAAUCUUGUUCGUUUUCUUCUUAAUUAACAAACAACUUCCCACUUACUUUUACCACAGCGGUACACAAUUUACUCGCAUAGUCUUUCAACUGCAGGUCCUCCUCUUAUUAUUAGAAAGUCACAGGCCCAAACAAUUUCUUUUACAAUUAUGUAAUCAAUUUUAUGGAAUGACGCGUCGUGCCUUUAAACUAAGGAUCAUGCAUAACAAAUACGUGGGCUGCCAAAAUCAAAAAGGAUCUAUUUCUAAACAAAUGGAAUUUUACAAACAACGCUUUAGCGACAAUGACACUUUAAAACAACUUUGUUGCAUGUGGAACUUUUACAACAAUUUUUCCUACAUUGUGCUGUGAAUGAUACACCACAGAAAAGUGCAAGUAGGCAUCCAAAUUGCAAGUCCUUAACGCAAUAAUCGUGCAAAAAUAAUUGAACAUCAACUAGCACUAUAGUUGUCUAAGCAAAUGUGUUCUCUUUGUAUAGCAUGUUCCGACCCUCUUGGGAUGGAGAGCAGAAAAAAUAACCGAUGGCCAGAUCACAGCUUCAACCGAAUAUAA